AUGGCAUAUGAUCGGUAUGUUGCCAUUUGUCAUCCAUUGCAUUAUGAAAUGGUGAUGAACUGGAAAUACUGUAUUGAAAUCAUAAUUGUAGUGUGGGUUACAGGUCUCCUCUUUGCAAUGUUGAAUACCACUGGCACUUUUUCCAUCCUUUUUUGUUCUAAUGUUGUUAAUCAAUUCUUCUGUGAAAUUCCACAAUUACUAAAACUAUCCUGCUCUGGAUUAAAUCUACUUGAGGUUGGAAUUCUUGUGGCCAGUAUUAUUGCUGGAGUAGGUUGUUUUACUUUUAUACUUGUAUCAUAUGCAGUGAUCUUCAAGGUAGUGUUUAGAAUCCCUUCUGAACAAGGAAGGGAAAAAGCUUUAUCCACCUGUAUUCCCCACCUCACAGUAGUGAAUAUUUUCUUUUUAAGUGGAUGCUUUGCCUACCUGAGACCUGCCUCUAACACCCCAUCUUACUUAGAUUUGGGGUUGACUGUUCUGUAUUCACUUCUUCCACCUCUGUUCAAUCCAAUUAUUUAUAGCAUGAGAAAUAAAAAUAUCAAAGGUGUUCUUUCUCAACUGUGGAGAUUUUUAUAA